UUAUUUUGAAUGUAUAUUAUGUGCAUAAACGAAUAAAUUCAAUGAAAGGUUAAUACAUUGAGUGCCACGUCAGUCACCGAUAAUUGACACUGAAACUUUCCAUUCAGGUUACUGGUGAUUGACAAUGUAAAAUAUGAUAUAAAACUAAAGAGUUUAUAUAGUUUUAAAUGAUUACUAAAAAUUUCUUUAAAAGUUAUAUAAUUUUUAUGUAUUACAAGAUUAUUUACAUAACUGUAUAAAAUAAAUUUCAAUCAGUACACUUCGGCAUAACUAUACCGCUAUACCGGCGCUUCUACAUAGCGCGCAUGGCCUGAAGGAAACGUUUUUAAGAAAUUCCUUGUCAUUCAACCUGUUACUUUACUGAAUAAAAUUAUUGUCCAAAGCGAUCAGUAUUGUUUUGUCUUUAUAAGCGUAGAUAUCACUUGCUCUCUUUCAUUUCAAUUUAUGAAAAAUUAUUUAUUUGAAUAAUACUUUUUUUUUUCACUUGGAUAUUUUAAUAAUAAAACAAAAUGUGGGAUAUUUUUUUCUACGCGAUCAUUGCAAUUAUUUAUUUCAUUGACAUAAAUUAUUUCUUGCGAGUAAUAUUUGUUUUCGUUUGGACUAAAUUCAUGCAAAAAAAGACAAAACCUAUGAACGAAACUACGAUAUAUGGUAUAUGUUUUACUCAAGAUUUAGAUCUUGUAUUAUCACAUAUGAAUAAUGCAAGAUAUCUACGUGAAAUAGAUUUUGCUCGUUUUCAUUAUUUUAUUCAAACCGAAAUGUUUUAUUUGAUGGGAAAAAUGGGUGCCACUGUAGUCCUUGGUGCUUCAUCUACAAGAUAUCGACGGCCAAUUCCUUUCCUUAUGACGUACAAAAUUAUGACUAAGUUAAUUUAUUGGGACGAAAAAAGUUUAUAUUUCGAGCACAAGUUCAUCAAUCUUCGAAAUAAUUUCAUUCACACGACCAUUUUCAGCAAGCAAACGACGAUCGGCUUGAAAAUAUCUUUGACCGAGUUCUUGAAAAAAUUUGAACCUGAAAUUCGUUUACCUGAAAUAAACGAAGAUCUCAGAUUAUGGUUAGAAUCAAUGGAAUAUAACUCUCAAAAACUCAAAAAGAAGGAUUAAAAAAAAAAAAAUUGUUUUUUUCCUGUUUUUAUCUUUUUCUCACAUGUUUUUUACGUUAUAUGUGAGUGCUGUUUUAAUUAUUUUAUAUUAAUCUGUUUUUAAUUAAAAAUUUUUCCUUCAUAUCUCUCAAGUGUUUUAGAUCAAUAGGUAUCCUUUGUUAUGUUAAUAUUUCUAAUGUUAUUACAAAAAUGUGUCUUAUGUUUAUAGCAUAAAAUAAAAUAAAAAAAAAAAUUAUGUUUACAGAUAAAA